ACCAAUUCUUCCUCUUGGGAUUUCCAACAUGGCGGCGCCCAUGUUAACAAAUACUGCAACUUCUAAAAAAUCUUUAAAAUAUGCAUUAUUUUCAAAUUUUCUGGUCGUUUUACUUAUUGCUAUCGUUACUCUUACACUUAUUCACAAUAAAUCUGGAGUUGACAUAAUUAGUUCUCCAUUGUUGGUUACAAAAUGUCUAUCUGUUUGGUUUAUUUUUGUACAUUUGGUUUUAAAUUUCACCUUCCAUUCACCAAUUAAAGAGAUGCAGAAAUAUAAACCAAGUAUUCUUUUAAAGACACUUGGCAGAGGUUUGAUAGUUUCCUCAGUUGGUGUAGUCCUGUUCCAUUGCCUUGCUGUCUUGUUUGGGGCACCAUUCUUUGAUAAAACAGCAGAGACAUUCCACUUUGCAAUGCUGUUAGCAUCAACAACUGUUCUACCAGCAGUAGUGCAUUUGGGACCAUCCAUAGAAGUAUGGAUAAAAGUGUUCAUUUUUCAGAGUCUGGACACAGUGCAGGAGAUAGCAGUGUUCUACUCGGUGGUGUGCAGCCUACUAGGGUCAUGGUGUGGUGCAGCCCCUAUACCUCUUGACUGGGACAGACCUUGGCAGGCUUGGCCUAUCACCUGUGUGCUGGGAGCAAUACUGGGUCACUGUGCUGGACUGCUGAUGGCUACCCUGUAUCUAUGGCAACAGUGGUACCGUGGAAACAAGUCUAAACUAGUCUAGGCAGGGGAAUCUCAUUGUGUUCAAUAUCAAGACAUUUUUAUAAAACGCACAAAUUAUUGUGUAAGUUGCUUUUGGCAACCUAGUAUGACAACACAAUAAAAAUGCUAAUUUCUUGAAAUGAAGAAUGUAUAUACACUUCACCACCGUUAUUUCGAAGUCGUCGGGACCGUUAAAAAACUUCAGAUUAAUGAUAAUACAAAAUAAACAUUUGACAGAAGACUUCUUUGAUUCUGUUAAAAUGAAACGUUGUGGAAUUCGCAUGGUUCGGUUACAUGCUACUAUUAAUAUUAUUUUUACUUAAAAAUCGUAAACUAGUCAGAUAGCAAUAUAUUCCUACAUGUAACAAACAAAGGAAUAAAACGAUUCUUUUUCUUCUUUUUAUUUUUCUCUUAUUACAGCGCAUAUAAAAUAUAAUGAAUAGCACAAAUUACCGGGCCCUUUUCCAGAUUGCUCGACAUUUGGUUGGGAAAAUAGUAACGUGGUUGACUUGUUUGUAUCAGACAUUUUGUAAUGAUUUUUGUUAAAAAAGGUAGAGUUCAUAUAUUCUGCAUUUCAUUUGACCAUAUUUACUCAGACCUAACAUGAUACUUUUGUUUGUUACUAAAGAUUGCAAAAAUACAUAAAUAGUAGUUAUCGGCUUUUGACCACAUAAUAAAAUUAACACGCUGGGCGCAGACGACAAUGGUGUGAAAUUACGCUCAGUGUUUUGCUGUUUUGACUAAGGAUAAAAGAUUGAUAAUAAGGUGUGAAUUAUAGUGUUGGGACUGACAGAAUCACUUUGACUUAACGAUUUUUUCCUUUUAAUUAAGUUCGGAUUAACAAUGAAAUUUUACAUUUAACAAAGAAGAAAAAAAAUCGGGACCCGAAAAAUACUUCGAUACAUGUAUAACGAUGACUUCGGAUUAUCGGUGUUAGAAAUAACGGUGUUGAAGCGUAGAUGCAGAAUAUAUUAACCCUUUACCACUUAGAUAUAUAUUUUGAUGUGUGUUGUAGUCCCUAAGAAAGUAAAAUUGAAUUAAGACCAUUCUUACUAGAUUCAAGUUUUAAAGGCUUCAUUUCCAACCCUUUGAUACUUAUCAGCAGCAAACAGCAUAAAACCUGAACAGACUGUUACUUGCAGGCUGUUAUGGUUUUAUGUUGUUUGCACGUAGCCUGUUCACUUUGCUUCUGGGUUGGAAAGGGUUAAAGUUAUUAGUGCUUUUUUUCCUUACUUAUUUGUUCUUAUGAUUAUAUUAUUAAAAAUUCACUAUUUUGUAUAUUCUUAUGUAUUCUACUUAUACAGAGAUGGUGAAAAAAUAGUUUUAUGAUUAAAGUGAUGUAUGAA